GUCGUCCUGUGAAGGUAUGUUACUGGGUGCCCUCCCCUGACCCCCACCCCUUCUCCCUCUAGCAGAACAGAGGCCAGACCCCCAGCCUGCACCCCUCCGCUGCCACCUCUCCUCCCGGGUUCAGAGGUCACCAUCUCUGCCCAGCGAACCUCUUUCCGCCCCCUCCUGAUGCCGCCCACCCCAGCUCUCAGCCUGCCUCUCUCCUGCCUGUCCUUUUCUAGUGCUCUUGAAAACUAAUCAUAAUCAUAAUAAUUAAUAACAACAGAGCCUGUGGCAGGCCUGAGGCAGCUUUUAAAGAGGCCGAGCCCCAUCUUCUCCCGGCAGAGCUGGCGGGGGCCGGGGACCUGGUGGCUCUGAGAGGUGGCCUUUGCUCCUGCGCUCCCCUCCCCUCCCUGGGCCUGGGGUCGGAGGUGGUGCUGGGAGGCAGUUUUGCCUGCCUUCUCCACCAGCCACUGGGCUUCGCGUGUUUUAAUUGAACUGUCUUGUCUUAGAGAUAGAUGCUUUCGCCGCGUCCAGCUGCUCCUGUGCGUUGGAAAACCCGCUGUAAUACGGCUCUGCGAAAUUCAAAGACGCAGCAGCUGGACUGAUUAAACAGGGAAGGGGACACUGGCCAGAGCACUCUUUUUAAAUAACGUUUCUGGUAACGCAUUUGUAGAGAAUGCAAAAAAAUAUUAAAAAAAAAAAAAAAGCUGUAGAAAUGUUAACGAUAGCCACAAGACGCUCAGCGGGAAAUGAGAGCGAUCUGGGUAAUAAAAGCCGAAAUGUAAUUUGUGCGGAUAUGCGACGCGCAGCCUUCAGAGUGGGCCUCGGUUUGCGAAUUCCGGGCUCAUCAGCGAGGCCAGGGAGGGCAGAGCGCGGGGACUGCAGAGGACACUGAGCAGAGGCCUCCACCUGCCAGCUCAGGCCUGGGCCAGAGGGAGUGCCCGUGUGCACUGCCCAAGGGCAGAAGGAGCCUCCCCUCCCCCGCCGGCACCCCCCUCCCGGAGCCCCAUGGGGGAGGUGCGGGCUGCCCACCUGGCGGGGAGCCGCCGCGGAACCGAGGCUGGGUCACGGCAGGCACCUCCUGUCGUGUUUGAUUGCAGCUACCAGGAUGGACUAAACUGGGUCAGAAGGGGGUCUCCUCCGUGUCGGGGCGCCUGUGAUGAGCCAGGGAGAGUACAUGGCAUGGGGCUGUGACCCGUCCUGUGGGCAGGGGCCGAGCCCUCUCCAGGGUCAUGGCUUCAGUCCCUGAGUCCGGGCAGCCGACUGCCAAGGGCAGGGAGGUUGGCCUGGGCUGUGCUGACAGGGUUUCUGGGGUUGCCCGGCCGCCCCAGGCUUGACCCCUCCCUGGUCAGCACCCCGCCCCACCCCCCGGCCACCGCAUGAGGAGAGCAUGGAGGUGGGAUCUGGGUGAAGAAGGGGUGAGCUGCACCUCUUGGGGGAGGUGUGCCUGUCCCCCACCCCGUUCUCUGUGCUCCCCCCGCAGAGCCCUGGAGGCUCGUAGCCCAUGGCGAGCCACCCCUUCCUCUUUGGGGUUGGGAACAGGCACUGCGAGGUUCCCUGUGCCCUCCUGGGGGCCUGGGCUGUGCAGGCGAGCAUGGUGUGUGUAAACGCCGUGCCCAGGGACGCAGGCUACCGCCAGCCCUCGCCAUGAGGACUCCUGAGCCUGGGGCAUCCUUUCUCCUUCCUCCCUCCUCCGAGGGUCUUGGGUGGCGGCAGGACCACCAUUAGCCUGGACGCUGCAGCUGGCCUGUUAUGUGAAUCCAGUUGUUCUGCCCUGAAGGCCCCCCCACCCCCACUCCAGGGUCACUUUCUGACCCCCGAUCCUGCUUUGGGGCAGGUCGGACCCUGUGCGCGCCGGCCCCUAAAAUCAUAAACAGAUGGGCUCUCGGCCUGGCCCUGACCCCGUGCAGGCCCCGCCCACCCAGGAGGCCCAGGGCUGCCUCUCACGUGGAGGGACCGCAGCCCUGUCCCCCAUCAGCAUGUGCUGCCUCUCUCCGGGCCACGUAAUCUGUUUACGUGCCUACGGUAUGAAAAAUAGGAGGCAGGUGCCGCCGUCCUGCGUUCCUGGGAGUCGAGGAGGGGACAUUUUAUGCCUACAGUGGCUCGGCAGCCCCUAAUCAGCGUCUGCUGGAAGGAACAGACAGAUUCCAGAUGGCAUGGCAGUGAUGGAGGAGGUGUGUGUGUGUGUGUGCGUGUGCGCGCGUGCGCGCACGCCAGGCCUCGAUAACCAGCCCGAGUCAUGCAGUCUUUUCGAGAAAGGUGUGGUUUCCAUGGCAAACAACAGACCUACCAGCAGACCUCACAGGAGACAUCUCGCCUGGAGAAUUACCGGCAGCCGAGUCAGGCUGGGCUGAGCUGCGACCGGCAGCGUCUGCUGACCAAGGACUAUUACGGCCCGCAGCCCUUCCCCAGCUACGAGGGCGGCGCCGGCACGCCCGCCACGGCGGCGCGCGCCAGCAAAGGCCUGUCCUCGCCGCAGGCCGCGCAGGGGAGGCCGUCCUUCGCGGGCUACGCCGUCCAGGACGGCAGCCCCUACCCCGGCCGCUACUCGGGGGAGGAGGGCCUGCAGGCCUGGGGGGCGCCGCAGCCACCACCCCCGCAGCCGCAACCCCUGCCAGGGGCGGUGGGCAAAUAUGACGAGAACCUGAUGAAGAAGACAGCAGCGCCCCCCGCCCGGCAGUACCCAGAGCAGGGCGCCCAGCUGCCCUUUCGGACUCACACCCUCCACGUCCAGCAGCAGCUGUCGCAGCCCCUGGCUUACCCCAAGCUCCAAAGGCAGAAACCCCAGAACGACCUCGCCUCGCCCCUGCCCUUCCCCCCGGGCAGCCACUUCCCCCAGCAGUCCCAGUCCUUCCCCGUCUCCUCCACCUACUCCUCCACCGGCCAGGGUGGCGGGCAGGGGGCCCACUCCUACAAGAGCUGCACGGCCCCGUCCACCCAGCCCCACGACAGGCCUCUGACCGCCAACGCCGGCCUGGCCCCAGGCCAGCGGGUCCCGAGCCUUCACGCCUACCAGCCUGGGCGCCUCAGCUACGAGCCACAGAAGCAGCAGCAGCAGCAAGCCCUCCAGAGCCGCCACCACGCCCAGGAGACCCUCCACUACCAGAGCCUCACCAAGUACCAACACUACGGGCAGCAGGGCCCCGGCUACUGCCAGCCGGACGCGGCCGUCAGGACCCCGGAGCAGUACUACCAGACCUUCAGCCCCGGCUCCAGCCACUCGCCCGCUCGCUCCGUGGGCCGCUCCCCUUCCUACAGCUCCACCCCGUCGCCGCUGAUGCCCAACCUGGAGAACUUUCCCUACAACCAGCAGCCGCUUGGCCCUGGAGCCUUCCCCGCCGGUCUCGCGGACCACAGCCACUUCCUGCCCCUGCUCAACCCCUCCCCGACGGACGCCGCCGGCUCCGUGGAUGCCCAGGCCGCCAACUGCAAGGCCCUACAGAAGGACAAGCUUCCCGAGAGCCUGCUGUCAGACCUGAGCCUGCACAGCCUCACGGCGCUGACCUCGCAGGUGGAGAACAUCUCCAACACUGUGCAGCAGCUGCUGCUCUCCAAGGCGGCCAUGCCCCAGAAGAAGGGCGUCAAGAGCCUGGCGGCCCGGACCCCGGAGCAGCACAAGAGCCAGCACUGCAGCCCCGAGGGCAGCGGCUACUCGGCCGAGCCGGCGGGCACGCCGCUGUCGGAGCCGCUGAGCAGCACCCCGCAGUCCACGCACGCCGAGCCGCCCGAGGCCGACUACCUGAGCGGCUCCGAGGACCCGCUGGAGCGCAGCUUCCUCUACUGCAGCCAGGCCCGCGGCAGCCCCGCCAGGGUCCACGGCAGCUCCAAGGCCAAGCCCGAGUCCGUGUCCACCUGCUCUGUGACUUCGCCCGACGACAUGUCCACCAAGUCCGAUGACUCCUUCCAGAGCCUGCACGGCAGCCUGCCGCUCGACAGCUUCUCCAAGCUCGUGGCUGGCGAGCGGGACUGCCCGCGCCUGCUGCUCAGCGCCCUGGCACAGGAGGACCUGGCCUCCGAGAUCCUGGGGCUGCAGGAGGCCAUCAGCGAGAAGGCCGACAAGGUCUGGGCCGAGGCGCCCGGCCUGGCCAAGGACACCGGCAAGCCGCCCUUCUCGCUGGAGAACCACAGCGCCUGCUUGGACCCCAUGGCCAAGGGUGCGUGGCCGCGGCCGGGGGAGCAGGACGCCCUGCCCGAGGCCCUACAGCUGGAGAAGGGCAGCGGCACCAAGGACUUCGGCCCAGGGCUGUUCGAAGAUCCCUCCGUGGGCUUCGCCACCCCUGACCCCAAGAAGACAACUGGUCCCCUCUCCUUUGGUGCCAAGCCCACGCUGGGGGCCGCCGCCUCGGACCCCGCCACGGCGGCUUUCGACUGCUUUCCAGACACAACCGCCGCCAGCUCGGCGGACAGCGCCAACCCCUUCGCCUGGCCCGAGGAGAACCUGGGGGACGCCUGUCCCCGGUGGGGGCUGCACCCCAGCGAGCUCGCCAAGGGCCUGGAGCAGGGCGGGAAGGCCACCGACAGCGUUGGCCAGGAGGACGCCCGCGAGGCUUCGGCCUGCCUGGGCUUCCAGGAGGAGCAGCCCUCGGCGGAGAAGGCCGUGGUGCCCCGGGACUCCCAGCAGGAGGAGGGGGGAGGGGUGAAGGAGGAGGCGGGCGGGCUGCUGCAGUGUCCCGAGGUGGGCAAGGCCGACCGGUGGCUGGAGGACAGCCGGCACUGCUGCUCCGCCGCUGACUUCGGAGACCUCCCGUUGCUGCCGCCCGCCGGCAGGAAGGGGGACUUGGAGGCGGAGGAGUACUCGUCUCUGUGCGAGCUCCUGGGCAGCCCCGAGCAGAGGCCGGGCCUGCAGGACCCGCUGUCGCCCAAGGCCCCACUGCUGUGUGGCAAGGAGGAGGUGGAGGAGGUGCUGGACCCCAAGGCCGGCUGGGGCUCCCCGUGUGCCCUGUCUGGCGAGUCCGUCAUCUUGCUGGGCCCCACCGUGGGCACCGAGUCCAAGGUGCAGAGCUGGUUCGAGUCCUCCCUCUCCCACAUGAAGCCAGGGGAAGAGGGGCCCGAGGGGGCGCUGGCCCCAGGGCAUUCCACCGCCCUGGCCCCGGAAGCCUCCCUGACCCAGAAGCCGAACAAGCCCGCUGUGCCCGAGGCGCCCAUCGCCAAGAAGGAGCCCGUGCCUCGCGGCAAAAGCUUACGGAGCCGGCGGGUGCACCGGGGGCUGCCCGAGGCCGAGGAUUCCCCGUGCAGGGCCCCGGCGCUGCCCAAAGACCUGCUGCUCCCUGAAUCGUGCACGGGCCCCCCCCAGGGACAGAUGGAAGGGGCGGGGGCCCCAGGCCGGGGGACCUCGGAAGGGCUCCCCAGGAUGUGCACCCGCUCCUUCACGGCCCUGAGUGAGCCCCGCACGCCCGGACCCCCAGGCCUUCCCACCACCCCUGCCCCCCCAGACAAGCUGGGGGGCAAGCAGCGAGCUGCCUUCAAGUCGGGCAAGCGGGUGGGGAAGCCCUCCCCCAAGGCCGCAUCCAGCCCCAGCAACCCGGCUGCCCUGCCUGUGGCCUCCGACAGCAGCCCCAUGGGCUCCAAGACCAAGGAGACAGACUCGCCGGAUGCACCAGGCAAAGACCAGCGCUCCAUGAUCCUCCGGUCCCGCACCAGGACCCAGGAGGCCUUCCACUGCAAGCGGCGGCGGGCCUCGGAGAGCCGGCUCCCCAACUGCCGCGCCGCCAAGAAGCUCCUCGCCAACAACCACCUGCCCGCCACGUUCAAGGUCGCCGGUAGCCCCCAGAAGGAGGGCAGGGCGGGCCAGCGGGCAAGGGUCCCCAAGCCUGGUGCAGGCGGCAAGCUCUCCGAUCGGCCCCUCCACACCCUCAAGAGGAAGUCGGCCUUCAUGGCACCUGUCCCCACCAAGAAGCGCAACCUGGUCUUACGCAGCGGCAGCACCAGCGGGGACACGAAGGAGGAGGGGGCCGAGGGCCCUCCCACCCUCUUCAAGAGGAUGACGUCUCCCAAGAAGGCCAAGCCCACCAAGGGCAACGGUGAGCCCACGGCAAAGCCGCCGCCCCCGGAGACCCCUGACGCCAGCCUGAAGCUGGCCUCACGGGCGUCCGUCCAGGGGGCCAUGAAGACCAAGGUGCUGCCCCCCCGGAAAGGCCGGGGCCUGAAGCUGGAGGCCAUCGUGCAGAAGAUCACCUCGCCCAGCCUGAAAAAGUUCGCGUGCAGAGCACCGGGGGCCCCUCCCGGGAAUCCUCUGAGCCCAUCCCUCCCCGAGAAGGACCGCGGGCUCAAGAGCGCAGGGGGCAGCCCGCUGGGGGCAGAAGAAGGUCUCUUAAACGUGAGCACUGGGCAGAAGUUCCCAGCAGCCUUGGGGGCCGAUCCGUUAUGCAGAAAUCCGACCAACAGAUCCUUAAAAGGCAAACUCGUGAACAAUAAGAAACUGUCCUCGACCGACGGUUUCAAAACUGAGGCCUUCACAUCCCCAGAGGCCCUACUGCCCGGGGGCACUGCCCUGGCACCUAAGAAGAGAAGCCGGAAAGGCAGGGCUGGAGCCCUCGGACUCCCCAAAGGCUCCCUGGAGAAGAGGCCUCAUCUCGGCCCAGCUCUGCUCCUGACGGCCAGCAGCACGCAGGGGGGCAGCGAGGACAGCCCUGGCGGAGGAGGCAAGAAGCCAAAGAUGGAGGAGCUGGGGCUGGCCUCCCAGCCCCCUGAGGGCCGGCCCUGCCAGCCCCAGGUGAGGGCACAGAAGCAGCCUGGCCAUGCCAACUACAGCAGCUAUUCCAAGCGGAAGCGCCUGACGCGGGGCCGGGCCAAGAACGCCACCACCUCACCCUGUAAGGGGCGUGCCAAGCGGCGGCGGCAGCAGCAGGUGCUGCCCCUGGAUCCCGCAGAGCCUGAAAUCCGCCUCAAAUACAUUUCCUCCUGCAAGCGGCUGCGAGCAGACAGCCGCACCCCCGCCUUCUCGCCCUUCGUGCGGGUGGAGAAGCGGGAUGCGUUCACCACCGUAUGCACUGUUGUCAACUCCCCCGGAGACGAGCCCAAGCCCCACAGGAAGCCUUCCUCCUCUUCAUCCUCUUGCUCCUCCUCCUUGGACGCGGCCGGGGCCUCCCUAGCCACGCUCCCUGGAGGCUCCGUCCUGCAGCCUCGGCCCUCCCUGCCCCUCUCCUCCACCAUGCAUCUGGGGCCCGUGGUCUCCAAGGCCCUGAGUACCUCUUGCCUUGUUUGCUGCCUCUGCCAAAACCCAGCCAACUUCAAGGACCUCGGGGACCUCUGUGGGCCCUACUACCCCGGACACUGCCUCCCCAAAAAGAAGCCAAAACUCAAGGAGAAGGUGCGGCCAGAGAGCACCUACGAGGAGGCCUCGCUGCCUCUUGAGAGGACACUCAAAGGCCUCGAGUGCCCAGCUGCCGCUGCCGCCACCACCACCGCCACCACCGGGAAGCCCCCCAGGCCUGACGGCCCAGCCGAUCCAGCCAAGCAGGGCUCCCUGCGCACCAGCGCCCGGGGCCUGUCCCGGCGGCUGCAGAGUUGCUACUGCUGUGACGGUCGGGGGGAAGGUGGUGAAGAGACAGCCCCAGCUGACAGGAGCCGCAAGCACGAGUGCAGCAAGGAGCCGCCGGCAGAGCCUGGCGGGGACGCACAGGAGCACUGGGUGCACGAGGCCUGCGCCGUGUGGACGGGCGGGGUCUACCUGGUGGCCGGGAAGCUCUUUGGGCUGCAGGAGGCCAUGAAGGUGGCCAUGGACAUGACUUGUUCCAGCUGCCAGGAAGCCGGGGCCACCAUCGGGUGCUGCCACAAAGGAUGCAUCCACACCUACCAUUACCCAUGUGCCAGCGAUGCGGGUUGCAUAUUCAUCGAAGAGAACUUUUCUUUGAAAUGCCCCAAACAUAAGAGGCUGCCAUUGUAAUCCACCCCCGGCCGGAGGAGCCGCCUGAUCCCGCCCGCCCGCCAGCCCGCCCGCCCGCCCGCCCGCCGACGCCGCCGACGCCGAGGAGAGGAGCCGCCGGCGCAGCCCCCGCGCCUUCGCGCUGCUUCCGGCGCGGGUCCAGAGCCGAUCCUUGAUCCGGAACCCGGAUCUUGGAUCUGGCCUCCUCGGGCGGAAACUAGUGGUCCCCGGUCGGGAAGAAAACAGGUUCUGGAUCCGUCUGCUCCCGGAACCGGACGGCACAGGGCCUUCUCGCCCCCAUCCCCCGGCCAGGCUUGGAGAGGGGGAGCCCGCGGAGCGGCCAGACUCCUUGGAACACCCAGGCUCCGGCGUGGGUGGGAGGCCUUUAGCCUGGGGAUACGCUUCUCCCCCUGGAAGUUUCAGGACGACGUGGCACACAUUCUACGUGGGUCGGUAGUGGCACGCAGCUGGGCACCCUGGGAGUGGGGUGGGGUCCGAAGAGGCCGAGGCUGGCUUCCCUCCAGGACGUGUCUCCUGGAACGAGGCUGGGGGCGGGGGGAGCCGAAGCCUGUCCGGCGCAGGAGGGGCCGUAGGCUGUGCGCCCUUCCUUCCCAGCCUUGGCCAAAACCUUUGUGCGGGUCGGGAGGGCCGGGGGCCUGGGGCCCGUGCUCAGGGGAUGCGGGCUCCCCGGGCGUGGGCCGGACUGGCUCCCGCUGGCUUCUGCUCGUCUCCCUUCCAGUCCGCCCCGUCCCCGGAGCCCAGCCUGGGAGCGCAAAACUAAAAGUCGCGACCAGAGUGCACCCCCGGCAGACGCAUGACCGACCCUCUGCACGACCACCGUCUCCGGGGGCCGCAGCGCCACUCGCACGGGAGCGGAGACAGCGCUAGAUCCAUGUACACACCUGUGUGCCCCUCUAUAUAUAUGUCACAUAGAAUGUAUAUAUGUUGGGAACAUGCUCGCUUCUCCCGUGUGUCGCCGCCGUGCAUCGUGUGCCCCUCAGCACGGGGCCCUUGCUGGGAAGGGGGCUCCGGCGCUGCCUCCUUCCCCAAGCAGCCACCACCGCCCGGGCCAGUGCCCGCCAGUUCGUCCGCCUGUCUGUCCGUGUCCUCAGCUCUGUCCACGCUUCGAUAGGCCUGAUGCAGCCCCAGCCCGGGGCCGCCCUAGAAACUUCCUGUACAUAUGACUGUAAAACGGUGAACGUGUGUAUUAUAUCCGGCCUCGUUAUAUAGUGUAUAUAUAUGUAUACAUAUACAUAUAUAUAAUAUAUAUGAAGACUGUAAAUGUUAAGACGACUAGUGUUCUUAUUAGUAUAUUGCUUCACACUGAAGAUUGUGUGUAUCGAGCUGUUUCUAAAAGAUGUUUAUUUUCCUUAAGAGUAAAAAAAAACAGUCAUUGCAUUCAGAAAAAAAAAAAAGUCAAUAAAGAU